AAUGUCAGAUGAGCCCUGCUGCCAGAUGCCGCCGCCACAUAUUCCAAAUCAAAAUUUAAGUUCAAUUCCAAGUCAAAUUUGUAUAAAUAGAAAAUGUCCGGUUCGUGUGGAAUUUAUCAUGAGCGCCAGAGCCGGCAACUGUGCGCUUUGCAUGCCCUAAACAAUCUGUUUCAGGGCAGGGAUCCCUACACCAAAUCGGAGCUGGACGAAUACUGCAUGAGUCUGACGCCACGCGCCUGGCUGAACCCCCAUCGAUCGUGGUUCGGUUGGGGCAACUACGAUGUGAAUGUCAUCAUGUAUGCCCUGCAGCAGCACCACUGUGAGGCCGUGUGGUUCGACAGGCGGCGCGAUCCCAGAUGUCUCGAUCUGGCCCAGAUUAUGGGCUUCAUUUUGAACGUGCCGCUGCGUCUGCCGUUGACCCAACUCUUGCCACCGCCCUUCAGAAUGCGCCACUGGCUGGCCCUGCGCUGCAUCAACGGCCGCUACUACAAUCUCGACUCUAAGCUCCGGCAGCCCACGUGCCUCGGCAACGAGCCGGAGUUUGUGGACUAUCUGCGCGAACAGCUGCGGCCGCACACCGAUCAGGAACUCUUCAUUGUCAUGGCCAACGAUCCGACGCAGCGAGACGAAGGAGCUGGUGCCACCACCAGCGCAGAUUCGGAUCAGAUGAGGGCCAAGCGGAAGGACAACAUCCAGCGCUGGCUAAAGCCACAAUUCCGGAAUGCCAAGUGAAAUAAAAAUUACAACCUAUUACUUGCUACCCUUCUUGGCUUUGAUUUUUACAAAGAAACUAUAUAGGGGCAUCCCACACAGAUCCCCAUUAAAACCCAUAACUUUAGGCACAAUCCAA